AUGCACUUUUCUACCCUCAUCGCUGUCGUAGCUCCCGCCAUCAUCACCGUCAGUGCGAAAUGCUACAACAACGACGGUGCAGGAUGGGGCGGAAGCCGCCAGUCUGCCAACAACGCCGCUGAUGCGGUCUGCUACAAUGGCGACGGCGGCCUAGCCGGCAACUUCGCCGGAACGAAGUCCGCUUGCCGAAACAUAGGCGAUAACCUCAAAGCUUUAUUUUUUGUCACUGGGAACGGAUAUCUUAGUGAACAGGAUUGCAAGUUCGGUCUCAAGGAGGAGAUCAAUGGAUGUGGAUGGGGCGGCGAGGCCCAGCAUGGAGCGUACUAUUACAGGUACGCAUCAUCGCUAUAUCGUUUCCAGCGCGGGCGAUCAAAAGACCCCGUACUAACUUUUGGUAUCAACAGGUCUGAUGCCGAGUAUGGGUCAUGCUAG